UCAUCGCAGAGUCUGUGAGCCUGUUUGCGCUGAGUCGCUUCCUAAAGGCAGAGCAGCUCUCUGGCGCCACCUUGUGGUCGCACGGAGUAAGCACGAGUCAAAGAGCAAAGCAGCGCCUCGCAGGGCUCCUUCUUUCCAAGUCGGGUUACACGUCAGUGUGGAACCUGUACUGGUGCGUGGACGUGUACGCGCGCGUCAGGCGGUUCCCGGAUGCUCUGGACAGAAACAUGGACCGAGUGGUGGUGGAGGUGCCGAUCAACAACGGGUUUUCCGUUUCAUGCCCUUCCACAACGCCCCGAAAGCGUCAGGUGCGCUUCUCAGCUCGCCAUGACAUCAUCCUCCUGCGAGAGGUCAUCGCUCAGAACCCGUUUGGAUCCAAAGAGCCAGGAAGGAUAUGGGCCCGAGUCGGGGAGAUCAUCACUGCAGCCCUGCAGGAGGAGAACUUUGAGGUGGACGCCAGGAGGUGCAGGGAGAGGACCAUGCUGCUGCUGGACUACUACAAGAAGCAGGACUUCCCCAGCCUGCGCAGGUUUGGGACAGAGAGGUUGUACGCCCAAAAGGAGGAUCUGCUCCAUGAGGUUCUGGAGCUGGAGGCUGAGAAGGGGCUGGUGGCCAGUGGUGAGGCCACAAAGUACCAGGAUGAAGAGCGAAGAAAUCGCGUUCUAGAAGAACUAACGCUACCAGAACAGGACAAACCCAACAUCACACAGAUUCCUGCAGAAGCAGAAGACGACCGCGAGCAAAUGGCCGAGCUCUCGGCGGCGCCCACAGCCAAGCGGCCGUGCCAGUGCUGCUGCCAGACGUACUCGGAGAUUCUCAGCUUCCUGGAGAAACGUUCGGAGGCGGAGCAACGGCUUCGGGAGGAGGAGCUUGCACUGCGCAGGGAGGAGCUGGAGAUUCAAAGGAGUAAGAUCGCUCUGGAGAGAGAACGUCUGGAAGCAGAGAGGACAGAGAGGGAGCGCAGGUUUGAACUGGAGAGCCAGGAGAGGCAGGUGAUUUUAGAUCUGCUGAAAGAGAAGGUGCUGAAAGGCUGAAAAUAAAAAAAAGCCCGCCAUCCACCUGCAGCGGACUGUGGACGUCUAAACAGACGGCUGGAAAGAGGAAGGAAAACGGCUAAAACUGGAAGUGAGAAGAAGAUCAAACAGAGGAACAGUGAGCUGAAAUUUCAAAAAUGAGGGGACUAAUGCGGGAUUGGCCCGUUGAUUUUGUCUGUUUGAACUGUUGAACAGAAAAGGAAAAGCUGAGUGCCGGACGCUGGCAGGAAGUAUGCGCAGCUGCUUCAGAAGGCUACUCGUGUUUUCAUCUGAAUAAAGUUUUUUUUUCUUUCUCUC